CCUGACAGCUGAGGACACAGGCAGUGUUUUCCUUACCUUUUCUGCAGGGUAUCACUUUCAGCUGACUCUGGGAGCUGCUAUGGCUGAAACAACAGCUUACUCGGGGAGUGGGCCGGUCCUUGUUAAAAACCCACACCUGGACUUGAUGGAGGAGGACGUCCUGUACCACUUGGACUUGGGAACGAAGACGCACGAUCUGCCAGCAAUGUUUGGGGACAUCAAGUUUGUGUGCGUUGGCGGCAGCCCCAACAGGAUGCGGGCGUUUGCGCAGUUGAUGCAGCGGCAGCUGGGGCUGGCGGCUGCCGGCGAGGACGUGGCUGACAUGUGUGCAGGGUCGGACCGCUACGCCAUGUACCGGGCAGGGCCCGUGCUCUCCAUCAGCCAUGGAAUGGGCAUCCCUUCCAUUUCCAUUAUGCUUCAUGAGCUGAUCAAACUGCUGCACCAUGCAAAAUGCCGGGAUGUCACUAUUAUACGCAUCGGUACUUCGGGGGGCUUAGGGAUCGAGGCUGGCUCUGUUGUGAUCACUGACACGGCCGUGGACUCCUCCUUCCAGCCACGCUUUGAGCAGGUGGUGCUGGACGAUGUGGUGGUGCGCAGCACCGAGCUGGACAAGGACCUUGCAGAGGAACUGCUGGCCUGCAGCAGGGACAUCCCCGACUUCCCCACGCUCAUCGGCCACACCAUGUGCACCUACGACUUCUACGAAGGUCAGGGGAGAUUGGAUGGUGCAUUAUGCUCUUUUUCCAGUGAAAAAAAGUUGGAGUACUUAAGGAGGGCUUAUGAUGCUGGUGUGAGGAAUAUUGAGAUGGAGUCCACAGCCUUCGCUGCCCUGUGUGGACUGUGUGGCCUCAAAGCCGCCGUGGUGUGCGUGGCGCUCUUGGACCGGCUGGAGGGGGACCAGAUCCGGGCGUCCCACGAGGUGCUGUGGGAGUACCAGCAGCGGCCGCAGCGCCUGAUCGCCGCCUUCAUCCGCAAGCGCCUGGGCCUGUGCCCCACGGACUGACGGUGACAGCACGGGCACCGGUGCUGCCCGGAGCGGGACUGCGGGCCCGGCUGCACACGGAGCCUGCUCCGGGAACCGGGACCGGGACAGCUCCGGAGACCGGGGGCAGCUCCGGGAACUGGGACAACUCUGGGCCCGCGGAGUGCGGAGCGGGCG